GCCCCGUUGCAUUUUCCCAAUAAAAUCUCUGUUCGUCUCCCUCCACUUGUCUACUGCCAGUCAAAGCCUCUGUCCAGUGUACCCUCUCCCGCGGGAUAUCUUACCGCAUCUUUCGCUGCACGCUCUUUGCCGCCGGCGGAAACGUAUAGCCCGAAUCUAGGGUUCCGGUUAGUAAAUUUCUCAGCUGGAAGGUUGAACUGCUGGAGAGUUCGCUGCUGAGGUGAUGACCUGAGAGAGGGGGCGAGAUGGGCUGCGUUCUAGGUCGACAUGCUUCGUCGGUUGACUCGUCCCGCCGCCAUGGGGAUCAGGAGGUGGUCGUGUCUUCUGGUCGGAAGUCGCAGGUGCCUCCUCCGAAGGUCGAUGUCGUUGCUGCAGGAGAUGGCGGUGCUGCGCAGGAGGAGUUAGCGCAGGUUAAGCCGGCGCGGCCCCGACGGCGAUCGAGGACUGGCAGCAUUCCCGGGCAAGCAGUUGGAGAGCAGGUCGCCGCUGGUUGGCCGCAAUGGCUUUCAGAGGUUGCUGGCGAGGCCAUCAAGGGUUGGACUCCUCGCCGAGCGGAUAGCUUUGAGAAGCUUGCGAAAAUCGGGCAAGGGACUUACAGUAACGUGUACAAAGCAAGAGAUACUGUCACUGGAAAAAUAGUUGCACUGAAGAAGGUCCGGUUUGACAAUUUGGAGCCUGAGAGUGUGAAGUUCAUGGCGAGGGAGAUCCUAAUACUUCGCCGCCUAGACCACCCCAACGUUGUGAAGUUAGAGGGAUUGGUCACGUCGAGAAUGUCAUGUAGCUUAUAUCUUGUGUUUGAGUACAUGGAGCAUGAUCUUGCUGGGCUUGCUGCCUGCACCCCUACCAAGUUUACGGAGCCUCAGGUGAAGUGCUAUGUGAAGCAGUUGCUAUCUGGGCUAGAACAUUGUCAUACAAGGGGCGUGCUACACAGGGAUAUCAAGGGCUCCAAUUUGCUACUGGGCAACGAUGGGAUACUUAAGAUUGCAGAUUUUGGGUUAGCAACCUUCUUUGAUCCAAACCGCAAACAGCCCAUGACCAGUAGGGUCGUUACAUUGUGGUAUCGGCCCCCUGAGCUCCUUUUAGGGGCAACGGAUUAUGGUGUUGGUGUGGACCUAUGGAGUGCAGGGUGUAUUUUGGCAGAGUUAUUGGCUGGGAAGCCCAUCAUGCCUGGACGAACUGAGGUGGAACAAUUGCAUAAGAUUUUUAGGCUAUGUGGAUCUCCUUCAGAGGAAUACUGGAAGAAGUCAAAGUUACCACAUGCAACAAUUUUUAAACCACAGCAUCCAUAUAAACGCUGUAUAAAAGAGACUUUUAAAGAAUUUCCACCGUCAUCCUUUCCACUUAUUGAAACUCUUCUUGCAAUUGAACCAGCCGAACGUCAAACAGCUUCUGUUGCAUUAGAUAGCGAAUUCUUUACAACCCCACCUUUUGCUUGUGAGCCUUCAAGUCUGCCCCAGUAUCCUCCCAGCAAGGAGAUGGAUGCUAAACUAAGGGAUGAAGAAGCUAGAAGGUUAAAAGCCGGUGGUGGCAGGGUUAAUGGUGAUAGAACAAGGAAGUCUCACAACCGUGAUAGACCUUCUAGGGCAGUUCCUGCCCCAGAGGCUAAUGCUGAGGUCCAAGCAAACCUUGAUAGACGGCGCCAGAUAACACAUGCAAAUGCAAAGAGCAAGAGCGAGAAAUUCCCACCCCCUCAUCAGGACGGUGCGCUCGGCUAUCCUAUUGGAUCUCCAAAUCACAUCGAUUCGACUUUCGAUCCACCCGAUGUUCCUUAUAGCUCAGUUUUCCCCUACCAGAAGGGCCAAUCAGUCUCUACCUGGUCCGGGCCACUAGUGAAAUCUGCAGCUGCAGACAAUCCCAGGAGAAAGAAACAAGGUACUAAUCGUUUCUCAUCAAAAAAUAUUACUGGAUCUAAAGAAGUCCAGAAAAUUCAGGACUAAAAACACUCAUCUUAGUUUAAAGUCCAAAGCUGUUGAUUGGACAGAGAGGUAAAGAUCCUGCUAUCAUUCUUUUUAUCUUUUUUGUUCCUUCAUUUUCCUUAGUCUGUCAUGUUUUCUAGACAAUUUAGCUGAAAUGGAGAUGCGGGGAAGAAGGCGUUCUACAAUUUUGUAUAUAUUUUGUAUUUUUUUCCUUCUUUUUUUUAAUGUAUUUUUCAUUCAGACUAGCUGUUGGUUAGUUUAUUAUUGGGACAGAAUAAAAUUGGUAUUUGCAAAUCCAAUU